CCUUCCAAGCUGUGCCACAAAGCUUUCUUGCUUGGUUGGCCUCUUGUUGGAUCCAAGGUGGUGGUAUCGCUCGGAUAAUUCAAAGAGCACAAGUUAGAUCUAGCCGAAGAAUCUCAGUCAUCUCCGAAGGCAGAAACAAAAGCUGUUGGCAUUUGUUGAGUUGUGCCAUCAUCAUCGUCUUUUCCUGAAUACCCCUCUAUUUCAGUGGAAGCACUAAGUUUUAUUCAUUAGAGUGACAAUGUUUGGAUGGGGCAAUAAAGGACCGACUCCCGCUCAGCGGCACAUGAACGAUGUGUUGACGAAUGAAGGCCUACACGUUCUGAGUACCUUUGAGCUAAAUCGUAUUGCUUCCUUGACAUACGGUGAUGAAGUCUGCGAAGAAAUCUUUGAAAUGCUCGAACAAAUCCAAUCCAAGCCCAUGGAAUACUCCCCCUUGACGGUUCAGAAAUCACUGGUCGUGACCAAGCACGUUCUCGUGUACGGGUCGGAGAAAUGCGUCAAUUCGUCGAUUGCCCUGCAACGAAGCGUGGAAGCACUGCUGGAAUUUAAUACAGUCUUGUGGGCACAAAAACUACAAGGAGCUGCAGCUUUCAUGUACAAACUCAAAGGUGGUGGUGUGGAUCAGGGAUAUCCCGUGCGAGAAGCUGCCAAAGAAGUAUGGCCACUCCUGAUUGAUGUCAUGAAAUUGCGAGAAUUGAGAAAUUCCAGUGCGGAUCCCAACUCUUUGGUGCCAGUAGGAAGCCAAAAAGUUGGAUUUCUUUCGGAUGAAGUGCGCCAUUUCAUGUUAAGAAAGAAGAUACAGGAGCAGGCUGCCUCGCAGGUCAAAAGUAAUCUAGUCAAAGCAGAAGGUGGAUUUGGAAGUGGUUAUGCCUCCAAAGACGGAAAAAUGAUUGUCGGGGCGGCACAUGGCCUAGACGAAAUGAUGAAACAAGCCCAACGAGCCAAUAAACGUUUUUCGGACGAAGGAGAAAUACUUCCAUACGAAAUGCCCACUUAUGCAGAUCCAGCUUCCAUGAGAAAACCAGGAGCAGGGCCACGAACCACCAAGGCCAGCAACAGCAACAAUAAAAGCCCGCAGGCAAAAAAGCAACAACAACAGCAGCAGCAAACCCCAGUCGGUGAUUUGUUGGAUUUUUCAGCAGGUAUGAGUGGUGGCACUACAACCGGUGAUCUACUGGGGACUGGCGGCACCAGCGCUGAUUUAAUGGGAGGUGCCGAUCUUUUAGGAACCGGUGGUGGAGCAGAUCUGCUCGGGACCGGCGGUGGCGCAAGUGCUGAUCUUUUGGGAACUAGCGGUGCAGAUCCAUUUGGUGGUGGUGGCACUGCGGACCUCUUAGGAACGGCACCGGCUUCUGCAGCAGCAUCAGAUACCCUUAGUAUAUUGCUAGACCCUAUGGCGGCAGCAACGUCACAAACCAGCAACAAUACACAGUCUUCUGGUUUACCAGAUCUAUCCCUGUUGAGUUUAUCUCAGAACGGAACAAGCGGCACCUCGACAACGACAACACAAGUCCACGACCCAUUUAGCGCUGCAGCUGCAACCACGGCGGCUGCAGCAGAGGAAGACGGGACCAUACCUUCCAUCUCCAUUACGAGUCCUCCCAUGGGUGAUGUAUCACCGUCAGCUAUGAAUAUCAUGGGAUCUGCUUCAGUCGAUGAUGACCCGUUUGCGGCGCUGGAAGUCCCUGCUGCCAAGACAUCAUCAACAAUGCUGUCGGCAAAAGAAGCAGAAAACAGACUAUUGGGCGGUGGCACCAUCGCAGCUUCAAGCCCUUCAGAACCCAUUUCAUCGUCGGCAACGAAUGUCGAUGGAAUAGGAUCGCUUUACGGUGGCAUGUCCCCAAGCAUUGGUCUUGGCAGUGACGCUCCUUCCAUGGGAUUGAGCAUGGCAACGCCAGGAAUAAGUCCAGACGCAACAACUCCAGCGAUGGGAGCAGGCGUUUCGGCUCCAGGCCUAGGUUUAGAAGCGACCAUGACAAGUCCAGGCAUGGGUCUUGGAGGAUUGUCAGGAACUAGUACCGGAAUGGGUGUUCCUGGAGAUUUGCCAGGAAUGAGUGAGUUGCCGGGUAUGGGAGCCAUUCCUGACCCGAUGGCGCCAUCUGGAAUGGGUGGUUCUGGCCUGAAAGUAGCGCAAACAGUGACCAGCCUCGAUCUAUCAUCAUCAUACCACAACAAUGCUCCCAUCGGAGACGACGAUGAAGACGGAUUUGUGAUGGGUGGGACGUUUGGAACUGGCUUGGACCCUACGGCAGCCGCACCGGCAGCUCCACCGCCGCCGCCACCUCCACCAAUGUAGUUGUGAACCAUUCGGCUGAAGCCAAACAAAGCGCACAGUUUGCUCUAUCAUUCUAGGUCUUUUGCUACUCUUUUCGAGCUUUGAAAAUUCUACUUUAGGUGCCACUCUGCAAUGUAUAUUUGGAGCGCUUGCGCAGGAAAACCCUGAACAUGACGAGUAGGCGGCCUGCCAGAAGUGCACCACCAAAACGUGGAUUUUCCUUGUGGGAAAAGAUGGGCUAGUGGCUGCUAACUUACUUGGAAAAAAUAGGUGACAAUGAGUUGCCCAUAUCACAAAGUCCAAUGAACAGAAUCACUACUUGACAAUAUGCUUUGCAUACAUACAAUAAACUUCUACUCAUAAAGAAAUAAUCAGUAGUUCGUUUCAUGCUGUGU